ACCAGCCACUCAUUGUCGUUAAAUGUCGGUUGUCGACGGUUUAUGUGGUAUGUCACGAGAGCCACGUGUGGACCAGAAGUUCAUAUAGACUUGGAUACGUCGAUGUACCCUGGGUGUGACUGCGCGAAUGAGUGUGAUGAGACGAGUUGCGCGUGCAUAGUUAGAUACGGGCCCAACUAUGAUAAUCGACAUCGUUUAUUGAAGAUGGAAAAUAAUGCUGGGUACUGUUUGCCGAUAUUCGAGUGCAACAGAAACUGUGGCUGUUCUGCAACGUGCAGAAACCGAGUAACGCAGCAAGGCAUCACGGUCAGACUUGAAAUUAUUCAGACGAGCAAAAGAGGGCUAGGGGUAAGAACUUUAGAACCAAUCCCCAAGCAAAAUUUCAUCGCCGAGUACUGUGGAGAAAUCAUAAGUUAUAAAGAAGCUAAGAGGCGCACCGCGUCAAGAACUGGUAAGACGGAAUCGAACUACUUGUUGGUUCUUAAAGAACAUAUAUCAGAAGGGAACGUUCUCAGGACACACAUCGAUGCCACGGACGUCGGCAAUGUAGCGAGAUUCAUGAACCAUUCAUGUCAACCAAAUAUGACGAUGUUUCCAGUAAGGAUUAACUCUCCCGUCCCUAGACUUUGUUUAUUCUCUUCUCGAGAUAUCGUCAAUGGUGAAGAACUUACAUUUAGUUACGGUGAUGCUUCGUGUACGUCGGCGGAUUAUGGUGAAGUUGAGAAAAACUUGCAUCUGAAUUUUGAAACUUUGCGGACGAAAUGUUUAUGCGAAGCAGAUCAGUGUGCAGGAUUUUUGCCUUUCGAUGAUUGCUUGUAUAAUAAGUAAUGUAAUUUGUACUUGUACAUUAUUUUGAGUGAGUUUUUUCGAUAGAAGUGCACGAACCUCAGUCCUCAUAUCGUCCUCAUUUGAAAACGAGGGUCGUUUUGACUGCUUGAG